AUGGUCUUCGGUGUGGUCUCUGGGUCGUUGUCUCCCUUCGGGACCACCGACACACUCGCUGUGCGCAUCCCCGCCCUCGUCGCCUCGCUGUACUGGCUGAGGGCGGCUCGCUUCGCCGCUCGCCUCGAGGGGCGGGCGCCGCUGUGCUCCUGGAGCUUGGAGCCGCCGUUCCUGCAUAGUUUUGCGUUGUCCCUACUGGGCGCUCCCGAGAGGAAGGACAGCCAGCCGCACCGAAAGGAGCAUGUCGUGGCCUGUGCCCCUGGCUUUGUCCAGCUUCACGGAACGGGCGGGAAGGUGCACCAGGGCCUGACAGUCAGGCAGCAGGCCGAUGGGUAUCCAAGGCAGGGCGUAGCCGCCUACUUCGAGCUCGUCCUCGGUGUUGAGGCGGACUUCGAUAUGGCCUACGACCAGAUGGUGCAGGGGGAGGUGCGCGUGGAAGACGAGGGCGCGGAUGGGAAGGGCACCGUGCCGGGCAACAGCGCGGCUGUCGCGGAGAUGGUCCAGUACGCGAUGAAGAGCUCGGCGCUGCCCGAGCGCCUGCCCAAGGCGCGGCGGGCGCUGCGGCGCGCGCAAGUCGCCUCCAUGCGGCGCGUGGGUAUCGACUUCUGGCCGGGGCGCCGCGCCCGGCCGCAGCGGGCAGCUGCGGAGUGGGGCGGCGAGGUCACGGGCUUCACCGACCCGGGGCUCGAGCCAGGCGCUGCUCCGGCGAUCCCGUGGACCAUUCCCGUUCCGACCUCGUGCUGCAGCAGCGGCGGAAUUCAGCCGGAGCUGAGGGAGACCGACAGCGAAGCGGGCACGGACAAGAGCGGCCGGCUGCGCGCCCUGCCCUCUGUGCCCCCCGUCCGCGGGGACGUCUUCACGCUCGGGCGGCUGCUCGAGCUGGCGGGGACGAACCUGGAUUUGGACCACACAUUCGACGGGCUCAGCCUCCGCCAGGCUGGAACAGCCCUGGAAGUGCGCGCAGUCUACAGCAACAUGUACCACUUCUACAGCUUCUUCGGGUAUCGGGAGGUGAACUAUCACUACGAGGCCUCGGAGCUUGUGAUGCCCGCGAUGGAGCAGUACGUCCUCUCGGCAGCUCAGCCCGAGGACCUGGCUGCAUCGACGCCCGAGCUGGUGGACGGGCGCUUCGGUUUUUUCAGCGUCGUCAAUUUCUUCGUCAUCGUGGUCGCGGCUGCCGCCCUGGUGCGCUCCGCCAAGAUGCUCGUGGACCUGUGUGCGGUCUACGUGCAUCCGAACAAGCCCAACUACUUUCACCUGAAGUACGAGGUGUCCGGAGACUUCAGCUCCAUGUGGAACCUCCGCCCGCCCGGGCCAGUGGUGUAG